AACAUGAUAUCGACUCAUUACACUUUUUUAUACACUAUUAAAAUAUAUUUCUAUUCAGCCAUUGCCUGCAAACGAGCUCUGAAUUUGGAGUAUAAUGUGCAUCCCUUCUGUAAAACGGUUAUAUAUUCUUAUUCCUCACGGUGUCAGUAUAGACCAGCUAAGGAGUCAAAUGUUCAGCCCGCUUUGCACACCACCCAUUAUUGGGAUUGACCAACCCUGUUCUGUAUAGCCUUCAACAAAGGCGACUAAUGCUUGGACGGCACAUACAUUGAUCUAAUGAUUAUUUCGUAUAAUAGACACUAACGUUUUUUAAUUUGUGUAGCAGCCUACUGUCUGAGGAUGGUGUAUACACGGAGAGUUCUUCCAAGCUACGGCUUUGUCUUUCUCUUUUUUGUUUUGCUGCAUUACGCACACGGAGACCUGAGCUAUUCUGUACAGGAGGAGCUGAAGCGCGGAUCCGUUAUUGGAAAUAUCGCCAAGGAUCUCGGAUUGGAGGUGGGCAGACUUUCUGCUCGUAAAGCUCGUGUUGACAUGGAAGGAAACGACAGACAAUAUUGUGGGAUUAAUCUUCGAAGCGGAGAUUUAGUGGUUGCAGAAAGAAUAGAUAGAGAGGAGCAUUGUGGAGAAAAGCCUUCGUGUGUUCUUAAAUUUGACUUGCUAUUAGAGAAUCCAUUGGAGCUACACCGGUUGUCCCUGCAAGUGCAGGAUGUAAACGACAAUGCACCAAUUUUCCCGAAGGAUAUUAUAAAGCUUGAAAUAACAGAGUCAGCUGACAAGGGAGCAAAGUAUCGCGUUAAUGCAGCACACGACGCAGACAUAGGCAAGAACUCCGUUGAAAGCUACAUUCUGCAACAAAAUCCCCACUUUGUGUUUAGUAUUCAGACGACUAGUGCUGGCAGUAAAUACGGUGAGUUGGUUUUGGAUAAGGAGUUAGACCGAGAGGAGCAGCAAGAAAUGAAAUUAUUGCUCACAGCUGUGGAUGGUGGCUCUCCUCAGAGAUCCGGGACUGUAGUCAUACACGUCAUUGUACUUGAUGCUAAUGAUAACGCCCCAGUGUUUACGGAGGCCGUAUAUACAGCCACAUUACCGGAAAACUCACCUAUGAAAACCCCAGUUAUCACUAUAAGUGCAUCAGACGCAGACGAAGGUGUGAACGGAGAGGUUACAUAUGAAUUUAGCCGAAUCUCUGAUAAAUCACGAAAUCUUUUUUCACUUAAUCAGAAAACCGGAGAAAUUAGUGUAACAGGUGGAAUAGAUUAUGAAGAGGGGCCCAUAUAUGAAGUAUUUGUUGAGGCCAAAGAUGGUUAUGGUCUCUCUUCAGAAGCAAAGGUGAUUAUUGAUAUCACUGAUGUGAAUGACAACUCACCGGUGAUAUAUCUGAAAUCACUGUCUAACCCCAUAUCUGAGAAUGUGUCACCUGGUACAGAGGUGGGCAUCAUUAAUGUACAGGAUAGAGACUCUGAGACUAACAAACAGGUCCGCUGCUCCAUUCAGCAAAACGUCCCUUUUAAGUUGGUUCCUUCUAUUAAAAACUAUUAUUCUCUGGUGACCACAGGACAACUGGACCGUGAACUAGUGUCUGAUUACAACAUUACAAUCACUGCCACUGACGAGGGCUCUCCACCUCUGUCCUCCUCUAAAACUGUUCAGUUAUCUGUAGCAGACAUCAACGACAACCCACCUGUGUUUGAGGAACAGUCCUACAGCGCAUAUGUGACUGAAAAUAACAAACCUGGCUCCACUUUAUGUUCCGUUACUGCUCGAGACCCCGACUGGAGACAAAACGGUACAGUGAUUUAUUCUCUGUUACCUGGUGAGGUGAACGGUGCCCCGGUGUCCUCCUAUCUGUCUGUUAACGGAGACACGGGGGUGAUCCACGCUGUGAGGUCGUUUGAUUAUGAACAGUUCAGGAGUUUUAAAGUCCACGUGAUGGCCAGAGACAACGGUUCUCCUCCGCUCAGCAGCAACGUGACCGUCAGUGUCUUUACAUCUGAUGUGAAUGACAACUCUCCUCAGAUACUGUACCCCGCCCCGGAGGGCAACUCGUUCAUGACCGAGCUGGUCCCCAAAGCUGCACACGGAGGCUCUCUGGUGUCCAAAGUGAUAGCGGUGGACGCGGACUCCGGACAGAACGCCUGGCUGUCCUAUCAUAUAGUCAAAUCCACUGAUCCGGGACUUUUCACUAUUGGUCUCCACAGCGGAGAGAUCAGGACACAGCGGGACAUUUCUGAAUCAGACAGCAUGAAACAGAACCUUAUUGUGUCAGUGAAAGAUAACGGACAGCCCUCUCUCUCUGCCACCUGUUCCAUGUAUUUACUUAUUUCUGAUAACUUGGCUGAGGUGCCAGAACUGAAGGAUAUUUCUUAUGAUGAGAAGAAUUCCAAACUGACCUCUUAUCUGAUCAUCGCGCUGGUUUCUGUAUCCACCUUUUUUCUGACUUUUAUCAUCAUCAUCUUGGGUGUGAGGUUUUGUCGCAGGAGAAAGCCCAGACUGUUGUUUGAUGGAGCAGUUGCCAUCCCCAGCGCUUAUCUCCCUCCUAAUUACGCAGAUGUUGACGGCACAGGAACUUUACGCAGCGCUUACAAUUAUGACGCAUAUCUGACAACAGGAUCUAGAACCAGUGACUUUAAGUUCGUGACAUCUUACAAUGACAACACACUGCCUGCUGACCAGACUCUGAGGAAAAGUCCAAGUGACUUUGCUGACUUUGGAGAUUGUGAUGGUUCUCCUGAGGUAGGAACACGUGUCACAUUCUGUAUCUGUUGACAUAUUCACAUCAAUCAUUGUAAAGCCGACAGCGUUACAGUCAUCAUUUAUUUUUGUCUUAUUUUUAAACAAAUAUUUUAGACAAUGUAACAUGCAAAUGAGUCAAUGUGACCCUCUCUAAAGUCAUUUCACCUUAAGUUACUACAACCUUCAGUGUAUAGUCCGUUUCACUCAUUUUUAAAUUCACAUUGGGUCUGAUAAGUUCUUCUACAUUAAACUUAAAUGCUUUGGUGCUUUGAGAGGCUGUUGAUCUUUUUUGACAUGUACUUUUACCUAAACCAGUCUUCUGUUAACAAAUCAUCAGCAUUUUAGCAUGUGUGUUUCACAUGCAGCGUUUUCUUUGUGUCUCUCUCCAUGGUGCUGAACCUUAUUGUUGCUCUUGUCAUGUGUUUGUAGGAGCAACUCAUCUCCUGUCUGUUUACCUAUUUACCACAUACUUUUAACCUUUUAAAUUGAGAU